UUUGAUGAUUCAAAAAAAAUAAAUUAUAACCACGAGGACAAAGGUAGACGUUUUAAAAAACGACCGUCAAACUUUGACAACCCCCCAUGUGUCGGUGAUCGACUCCACCUGUGGUCAGGGUCCGACAUUGCUGCACAGGUACAGACCAAAUUCCGAUUUUCAACAAAAAAGUUGACAGAACUUUACGCACCAAGUGCGCGCGACGCCAAACGCUGCCAGCGGUGCCACAACAAGAACCAGAUGUGCCACUGUGGCUCGGUUCAACAGAAAACAUCCCGUGACAGUCCGAUGCUGGAAGGGGGUGUGGCGUCACGUGGGCCCACAUCAGACCGCAGAGGCUUUAUAUGCAGCAGCAGCAGCAGAGCAACUUUCAACACACACACACACACACACACACAUCUGUUCACCUGAGGAGCGAGAAGAUGGACGCUGCGUACAAGAAAGUGAACGGGACCUAUGGGACCGAGGCAGAGCCGGAGGACCGAGGCACGGGGCCGAGACGGGGCUCCAUGUACCUGGAGGAGGAGACCAACAAGAAGUCCGAGGUCAUCACCUGCAUCUUCUCCCUGAAGGAGGAGGUCGGCGCCCUGGUCCGGGCCCUGCGGCUCUUCGAGGAGAAGGGCAUCAACCUGACGCACAUCGAGUCCCGUCCGUCGCGGAUGGACAAGGAGCAGUACGAGUUCUUCAUCAGCGUGGACUCCUCCUGCGCCCAGGCCAUGGACGAAGCCAUCGACGGCCUGCGCACGCAGAUCAGCGGCCACGUGCACGAGAUGUCGCGCAACAAACAGAAGGACACAGUGCCGUGGUUCCCUAAUGACAUCCAGGACUUGGACCGCUUCGCCAACCAGAUCCUCAGUUACGGCUCCGAGCUGGAGGCCGAUCACCCGGGCUUCACAGAUCCUGUCUACAGAACCCGCAGGAAGGAGUUUGCUGACAUCGCCUACAACUACAGACAUGGCCAAACCAUCCCUCGCGUGGAGUACACGGAGGAGGAGAAGGCCACGUGGGGAACGGUGUUCCAGGAGCUGAAGACCCUGUACCCGACUCACGCCUGCCGCGAGCACAACCGCGUCUUCCCCCUGCUGGAGAAGUACUGCGGCUACAAGCAGGACAACAUCCCUCAGCUGGACGACGUCUCCCGCUUCCUGCAGUCGUGCACGGGUUUCCGGCUCCGCCCCGUGGCCGGCCUGCUCUCGUCCCGGGACUUCCUGGCGGGACUCGCCUUCCGCGUCUUCCAUUCCACGCAGUACAUCCGCCACAGCUCCAACCCCUUGUACACGCCCGAGCCAGACGUCUGCCACGAGCUCCUGGGACACGUUCCUCUGUUUGCCGAUCCUAGUUUCGCCCAAUUCUCACAGGAAAUCGGACUCGCCUCCCUCGGUGCCCCCGAUGAGUACAUUGAGAAACUUGCUACUGUGUACUGGUUCACCGUGGAGUUCGGCCUGUGCAAGCAGGGCUCGGACAUUAAAGCUUACGGAGCUGGAUUGCUUUCAUCGUUUGGAGAGCUGCAGUACUGCUUGACAGACAAGCCCAAACUCCAGGCCUUUGACCCGGACAAGACCAGCCUCCAGAAGUACCCCAUCACAGAGUACCAGCCGAUCUACUUUGUCGCUGAGAGCUUUGAGGACGCCAAAGAGAGAGUCAGGAAAUUUGCAGGCACCAUCCCCAGGCCUUUCACGGUGAGAUACAACCCCUACACCCAGAGCAUCGAAGUGCUGGACAACGCCCAGCAGCUCAGGAACCUGGCUGACAGCAUCGGCAGUGAAAUGGGGAAACUGUGCGAGGCGCUGCGGAAACUGGCGUAACUGUGCAUGUGACCUAAACUGGAGCAACCUGACAAUCACUUUUUUUAUAUAUAUCAAUCCAACGAAUAGUCGUUCGGUUAUUAGAUUGCUGAGCUCUUCGGGGUUAUGCAAAUUUGUUUCUUUGUAUUAAAACAUAUAUGCAAAUUAUUAAUAUUAUCAAAUUAUGGCAGUAUGUAAUCCAAUUAGUAGAAAAUGUUGUCUGUGUAUUUUAGUGAAAGUCAAUAAAGUGUUUGAGCUGUGGAAGUCAAGAAGGAGCGUGAAAUGUUGACAAUGUAUUGUAGAAGUAUGUGUUUUUCAAAAUAACAGCGUUUGGUCAAUCAACAUCCUCUUAAUGACUUGAAUUUAUAAACCAAUUAUGUAAACAUUUAAUUUCGCUUAGUGCAAAAACAAUCCGCAAUAUUGUUUCAAUAGUUUUUCUAUGCAUUUUAAACCUUAAACCAUAUUGAGGGAUUUUUUUUUUUUUAAUUUUGCUCAGCUAUAGUUUAAAUGUUUUGUAUAUGCAUGAAAUGUUUUAGUGAAAUAAACAACUAUAUUCAA